GAAAGUUACAGUGGGUGGUAUGAAACAUACUGGAAAUUACAGGGGGCGGGUAUGGAUUAUACACAUCGUGCACGUGACCUCUCUAGGCCAAUCAGAUAGCGUCAUUCAUGUAGGAGAAUGUAGUAACAGAAAUGAAGAUAUUUUGUCAUCAACAUUCCCCAUACCAGCCCUGGGCUGCCAGUACUGCAAAGCCAUGGAACAAAGUCAACAAGCAGUGAGAAAUGACAACUCUAGUGAAUCUUCUUCUUGCCAACCUACUCCAGGAUCGCAGACUGUAGAUGUAAACUCUGGGAAUGACAAUCCAAACCCGAGAGGCAUGCCAGUUGGUGUUUUCUGGGACAUUGAAAACUGCAGUGUCCCUUCUGGCAAGUCUGCCCUUCAGGUGGUCCAAGUUAUCAGGGAGAUUUUUAUCGCAGAGAAUAGAGAAGCGGAGUUUAUGUGUGCAUGUGACACACACAGAGAAAGCAGGACUGUUAUACAGGAACUUAAUCAAGCUCAGAUCAAUGUGGUUCAUGUGGAUGCAGUGAGCAAGAAUGCAGCUGAUGACAAGAUACGCCAGACACUUAGGCGCUUCUCUGACUCCCAUAACCCUCCUGCAAGCAUUGUCCUUAUAAGCAGUGACAUCAACUUCUCCACCAUCCUAUAUGACCUGCGGUACAGGAAGAACCUGAAGAUUACCUUGGUACACGGGGAUCAUGUGCAUGAGUCACUAGUGGCCUGUGCACACCACACUGUCAACUUUCAUGACCUCGUGAGCCACGUGCAGGCCAGGCUUGUCAAGGAGUGUAGCAGCUAUGUGUGUGUCACAGUGACUGGGUACGGGGUGGAGAGGGGUGUCUCAGCAGUGAGAAAAAGACUGCGUCAUCUUGUGGCCAACACUGGGGGGCGAGUCGUCAGUGUUAAUGAAAACCAGGCUAUCAUCAGGUUCCCCUCACUCGAUCAUGCUCACAGGGGGCGCCACAGAAUGCAGGGCCAGGAUGUGUAUGGGUCGGCAAUCAACGUGGAAUACACCCACCCCUCAUAUCAUUAUGGAUCCUAUUACAACCAAAACAGAAACAACAAUAACAACUGGAACAAUAAAACCAACACCAACAAUGGUUAUUACAAUGGAAACAACGUCAGCCCAAACCGAACUCGACCUUAUUCCCAGUCUUACAGACAAACGCCACCGAUGUCUGAAACACAACAAGGCCCUGUGCAGCCAAAAGCUGACAUUCCUUCUGCUGACCUGAAUUAUCCAACAUCAAACACUGACUUAUCCAAUCGCAGACAUGAAUACCAAUCCCCUGCUCUGCCCCACUUCUCAGCCAAUCAGAAUGGCCCCUCUGCUACUGAGGGUGACGAGCACAAAGAGGUAAAUUUACUGGAUACUCUUCUUCGUGGAGGUACAGAGGGCUCAUCGCAGGAUGAUCACAGCACUGCAUUACAGGGGCUGGUGAAAAAGUUUGCAGAAGGGAAUAAAUCCAGUCGACAGAUGUUGAUGCUGCAGCAGCAAAUUUACCAGGAAGAGCAGAUGCCCCUGGGUGGGGGAGACUCCACCCAGUUCUACUCCCACUACACUCAGUACCAGCAAACACACUUUCUUGGCUACCAGUCAUGGCAACAACAACAGCAGCAGCAGCAGCAGGAGCAGGAGCAGUCACAGCAGCAGAAUGGAUACUAUGACAACUACCGUAACAGCUACCAAUCACAAGGCCCACCACAGCGUGGAUUUCAGCCAAUCAGAUCCGCCUCUCCUAGUGAGAGUUCACUAAGCUCCGCCUCCCCUGUGGACUUCAACAGUGAAGAGUUUCCAGGGGCAGUAGACCUUCUCAUCAGCAAUCUGGACUAUAACAUCAGUCCCAGAGAGUGGAAACACAUCCUUACCUCUAACUUCCACCCACACAUCAAGAUCUUGCACAUUGACGUGUACCUGCAACCAGACAACACGUCCCUCGGUGUGAUCAAGGUCGGAAGUAUGGAAGAGGCGAGGUUUGCCAUCUCCCAGUUUCACAGGAAGAAGAUUGGUUACAAGCGUAUACACGUCACCCUCCGAACAGACACCGCAACCACGCCUGAGUCUUCUGUCAGAUCGGAGGCUAUCGCCCUGCUGUCUGAGGCCAAGGAUAAUGUACUACCACUCUUCAAGUUUAUUGAACUCUUCAACAAAAGGUUUAAUAGGUCAGUAAGUGUGUCAGAACUGUACAAGAUGCGGGAUACUAUAGAGAUUGUGGAGAAGGGCGGGGCCGGUCGCAUGAUUCACUUGGCCCCAGGGCUGAAGAGAGCUACACCUGAACCCAGCAAUGCUGAAGACACAGAGGUCCAACAGAUAACGGAGGUGGCCGUCUGUCACUACCAUUGUCCAGAGGGGAGUUCCAUGUACAAGGAGGCGGUCAACAUGAGCAUUCUGCCCAAUGUCAAGGUCCAACUGAAGACCUUUGCUCCUCAAGUCCAUUCCCUGCUUAUGUCACAUGAUGGACUCAUUCCCUUGAUGAGUUUUCCAGCCUGCUUCAGCGCGGAGAUCACGCAGCUCGUGUAUGUGUAUGAAGGUGGUGUGCCGCUGGAGCAUGUGAUCAGCUGUGUGCCAGGUGUUCAGAUUGUAACAUCCAACACCGGCCUCAAGAAAGUCAUCUGGGCAGAAAACAAACCCCCGGGAUCACCGGAGCCAGGAUCUCCAGGAUGUAAUGGCUCAGUGAGCCACCAUUUGAGCCAGUUUGGACGGGAGAUGGUUGAUCUGCUCAAAUCCCAGCCGAGCUGUCGUCUAGCUUUCAGCAAGUUUAUUCCCUCCUACCACCAACACUUUGGGAGGCAACUGAGGGUUGCGGACUAUGGGUACUCACGCCUGGGUGACUUGUUUGAUGCCAUUCCUCAUGUUAUCCAGAUGAUUGGUAUGGGAGACCGUAAGGUGCUGUCGUUGGCUCACAAGACCCAGGUUAAGAGAUUCACAGCUGACCUUCUCAAGUUACUGAAGAAUGCUCAAGGGAGACAAGUCUACCUCUCUGAUCUUACUGAAGAGUUCUGUAAACUGUUCAACCGUAGCUGGGAUGUUGUGGAGUAUGGGAUAUGUCACUUGGACGACAUGUUGUCAGAGCUCCCUCCUAAUACUGUACAGGUGACUUCAGAAGGCCACAACACUGUUAUAGCCCUACCAAGAGUUGAGCCUACAGACGAGGAGCUGGAGAGGAUCAAGCAGUUUUCUUUAGAGAUUGUGGAUCUGUUAAAACAUAGUGACCACUGCCGUAUGCCAUUCACGAAGCUCGUACCCUCUUACCACCAUCACUUUGGGAGACAGUUACGCGUGGGUGAUUAUGGGUAUACCAAGCUGCAGGACCUUCUGGAGUCUCUUAGUAAUGUUGUAGAGUUGGAUGAGGAAGUUGAAGAGCGGAUGAUAAGGUUGACAGAGAGUGAGUUACGUAAAGUAGUCGGGGAUCAGGUGGUUGCCAUGUUGAAGGAACAGCGUGUACACUGCUGCCCUCUAGACCAGCUUACAACCAACUACCAACAGAUGUAUGGGUUCCCCCUCCCACUGGCAGACCUGCAUGUAGAAACUCCACAGCAGCUGGCUACCAAACUCAAACAUGUUGUCAAGCUGGAGGUUUAUGAUGGUCGUGAGUACCUAGUACUGUCUGAUCGCACAAGUGCCCCACCACUUGCCCGCCAGGUUCUACAACUCCUGAUGGAUCAGAGUGGUGGUUCCCUCCCUUUAAUGGAGCUGUGCAGCAGAUACAAGACCACUUUUGGGGCAGAGCCCAACAUCACCAAGAUAAAGGAGGAGUUGCUGGACUAUGUUCAGAUAAGUGGUGAUGAUGAGUCUGGAGUAAUUAGCCUGACCCCACUCCAAACCCUAGCCCGGGAUCUCAGAACCCUGCUACAAAUACAUGGGAAAAUCACCCUGUCCCACCUGGAGCGGCUGUUUUAUAAGCGCUACUGUGUGGAGCUGAAACCAGCUUUGUACGGGUUCCAGACCACUGUUGCCCUGCUCAUGGCUAUUCCUCAUGUGGUCACCAUCAAGGGAAAGGGGAACCGAAGGAUGGUACACCUCUCUGGGGACCUGCAGGGCACUCUGCCAAUAAUAGACGAAUCCUACAGCAGUCGGCCAGACUCAGAUACGCCUUCCAAUGACUCUGGCUCUGCCCUCACAGAUGAUGACACACCCACAGAAUUGAAGUCUCGCCCCCAGGAUCUCCUUGAUGAACAUGUGCCUUUCGGAGUGCCCUCCCCUGCACUCAAACCUGACAGCAUGGGCUCACACAUUGACCUGAUUAAAUUUGAUAUAAAUCCAGAAUAUGCUGACAGUAUCUUUGCUUCUAUAAGUGAGGAGGACCGAGGGCAUCAGAAAACUCCGCUCUGUCAAACACCCACAUCCCAGCUAUUACAACUUGCUGCACAGUUCUUGCCUCAGACCCCGCCCCCAGACGAGCCCCUAGGUCCUUCCCCAACCCCCCAAUCAACCCUGGAAAUCUUGAAGCAGGGGUGGUGGUCAGCCAGUCCAAGUCAGCUGCAAGAGGUUAGUGCCAGCAUCAAAAAUGCAGGGAUUGUUGACCAGAUGGCAGCCAUUAAACUCAUUGAAAAUAAAUCCAAAGAAAAUAUGGAAGGGCAAGGAGAAAAUGAACCAAGGAGUAAAGAAAGUCAGACAAAAACUGAUAACUUGAAAAAGGUUGACAGCAGAACAGAAUCUGCAGAGUUGUCAGAUGAUGAAACAGAAACAAGUGUUGAAAGAGGGCAAGAUCACAGGUGUGCGAUUCAGAGUCUGUCCGCUACGCUUGCUUACUUAAGAGAAACAAGUAGUCUUACAGACCAUAUUCCAGAUGGUCAGUCAACAGGUAGCAACAGAAUGAAUGCAGUAAAAGUACUCAAGCGACCAGAAUCUCCUUUGUGUCUCAUUGAAAAAGAUGAUGGUGACAAAAUCAAAGCAGCCGUAAAAAUAAAGAAGGAAAAACUUUCUGAUGACGAAGACACAGAAAAGUCUGUCCUUUCUCCGCCACUAGGGGCUCAUCCAUUGCAGCCUGGCUCAUACUGGUAUUCCAAACAGUUCAAAAGCAAAACGUCAUCACUGGAACUCCCAUCAAAGAGCCCGGAGGAUGUACGCAAAGUGCUGGCUUCUCUCGCCCUUCCAAAAUCUAGAGAAGUAGCUAUGGACUAUAGCAUGGAUGGAAACAGUCGGGAGUUUGAAGCUGCCACUCCUCAUGCCAGUAUUGACAACAGUGACACUCUAACUGAUGGAUUUCCUGAUUUCAGUUCCGAAGUAAUAAAUGUUGAUUACAGUGCCUUGGUAAAAGACUCUAAACAAUACAACAACAAUCCUACUACCAAAGCCGACUCCGAAAGAAUAAUUCCAGGAAAAACAACUAAACAUGAUUUGGAUCAUAAGUUUGGUAACUGUUUUGCUGAUGACUGUAUGUGUUAUGAAGUUGUCUUUCGUCAGGACCAGCCAAUCGAGACAAGCUCGAUUAAAUCUGAUUCAAGCUUCACCACGGAGAGUCCUGAAGUUUCGCCAACAAAAUCAAGACCUUCGAAACAGAGGCUGAGCACAAGUCCACUUAGUGAUGAAUCAGGAAAUAGUUCCAUUAACAAACGUAGGUCUAGAAUUGCAGCCAAAUUUGGUCAGCUUGUUGAAUAAGACUGAUAAAGUGAAAUUUGAGGCUGUUGAUAUUAUUUCGUAUUUUAAUGCUUUGUCUCUUCACUUUUUUCUUUACUUUUUUUGAAAAAAAAAGAAAAAGAUUGAAAAGGGACUUUUGUAAAUGCAUGAAAUUGUUGCAAGACAAAUGAACACAGGGUUUGUUGAUUCAACUCCAGUUGUUCUUUGCUUGUCUUGAGAGGUAUAGUGGGGGCUUCUUGGCUGUAUGAAAAGAUAAAUAUAUACAAUGAUGAUUCAACGGACAAUCAGCCUCACCUUAUCUGCAUGCGAUCAUAAGGAAGUAUAUUAAGUUCUUUUGAUUGCAAUAACAAAUUAUGAAGAUAGGAUGAAAAUCAUACAAAAAAACACUGUGUUGAUAGAAAACAACAACAUUUGAGCAGGAAUUCUAAAACAAUGUUGUGUUUGGAAAAUUGUAAUGUAGAAUACAUCUUUUGUACACAUUGACUUAUCAAUAAAUUCCAUUACUGAAUGUAAAUACUGACACUUUUGGACUCACAGUGCCAGUGUAUUGUAUAUGUAUAUAUUAUUAUCUUAUUCUUUGAAAUUGACUUUGCCUUAAACCCGGCAAACACAAGUGAUGAAACUUGUUGCCUGGUUACGGUUGUUGUGUGGAUUUAUAUUUAGAGAUGUGCUGGAAUUAGUAGUGCUAGUUACAUGAUUGUUUACAAUAUCAUGUUGUAAAUAUGUUUUGAGGCUAAAAUUACAUAUUUCCUUUGUUUUGUGAUUAUCUAAAAACAUUGUUAUUGCCUGUACUUGGUCAAAGAAGACUGUGGUUUGAAAAUGACUUAUAUUUGCAAUUAAACUUGUAUUUAUUACCAACUUUAAUCAGAUAAACUUCAUGAAAACAUUGCAAGUAACUUACUUGAAUUUGAGAUUUAAGAUGACAUAUUCCCUGAGAAUAUUAAGAAAAUUGUGCUUCAAAUGCUCGUCAGUACUGGUUUCUCCAGGAAUAGAACAUCAAGCUGUCUUGUGAUAAUAUAUCAUUUUUUGUGUGCUUACAUGAGUUAUCACAUAUAUUUGGAAAGCCCCAUAUAUAGCUUUUACUUAGGAAAGAUAAGGCUUGAUUUUUGUGCCUUAAGAUGAAACCUUGUCUGUACAUUUUAAUGUGUGUUGAGUGCUUUCAUUUGAAGAUAUUCUAUUGAUGAAAUUGAGAAAUAUGUUGUUAAUGCAUUCUUAAGUGCAUAUGUGGAUAUAUGUUGAUGAUUAUUUUGACGCUGUUUAAGUAAAUAAACAUUUAGUAUUAUCUGGCUUGUAAAUAUUUUGAUUUUAUCAUUUGGUUAUGGGUUUUUCUUUUCUUUUUUGCUCGAGUUAUAGCUUAGUGAUUUGUGGCAACAAAAUGUUAUUGAUUUAACAAAUUUUGAUGUUAAAUGAAUGAAAGAAUAAUUAUGAAGUAAUACAUAAAGACAGCCCAUAUGUUUGAAGACAGUAAAUUAUGUACAUGUUUUGAUUAUAAUUCAAUGUUUUGCUUAGGUAUUUUACUUAAAUAAUUAAGUUUCAUUAAGAUCACACAAUAAAUUACUUGUGCAUGUCUGUAACUGCAUGUCUGCAUGUAUAUUUCUAUACACAUACUUUUUAGUGGUCUGUUUCAUGAGGCUCUUGUAUUUGUUAUUUGAUCUAACUGACGUUGUGGCAAUAUAUUUAUGAAAAAUGCUGUACAUCAUUUUGUAUAUGUUACUUUUAAAGGGACUAGACACCAGAAGAUUCGAUUGCAAGAAGAAAAGAAAAUUUUCAUAAACUUGACAUUGUUGUGUACAACACAAUGAAUCUUACCUACUGAUGUAUCCUAUCGCUUACAACAUAUGCAUCUUUCGCAGUUUUUGUGCAUUUUUCUUAUUUGAAAUUUACUGUGGUUGUCUACCACAUCAAUCCCAGAAAGUUAAAAAAUACCUUCAGUAUAUUUAUGUGUACUCAAAAACAGAUAUUCUUUAAACUGUGAAACCAUUCUGUGCUAUUUUUAAAUACAAGGAAACUCGGAUGAGACAGCAGCAUGAUUGUUGCGUAUAUUCGUUUAGUCAUGUACAAUGAUGUAUUAUUGGCCUCCUUCUAGCUUGCAUUGAUGAUUCUAGACUUUUGAAAACAUAGUGUAUUUCCCAUUUUUUGGAUCAUCUAGUUUCUAGUCCCUUUAAAGCAUUUGAUGUACAACUUACAUGUUAAAUGAUAAUACAUAUGUAUGUUGCUUGAUACUGUAAUUAUGUAUUUCAUGAAAUGGUAGAUUUUUUUUUAAUAUGUAAAUGUACAUAUGUAAGACAUGUGGAGGAGAAGGUCUCUAAGGCCAUACUUUAUUUUAUUUUGUUUGGCAUUAACCAUAGUUUUUGAAAUUUAGCACCUCUUAAAAAACACAGGCAGAUAUUGAACAAAAAACAAUGUCAUGCCAGUUGACGACACUUCUGUGACUUGGAUAACUGGUUCUUCUUCGUUAAUGGCUAACCAUCAAAUAUGCCAUUUAUGGCCACUGUUUAAAGAUGGUGAGAACAUUUUCCAAUCAAGGUCGAUUCUAUCAUCUGGUUGGACCAUUAGAAAAUGGCAACAUUUUUGCUUCCAAUUAGGACUGGUCUUCACAAAAACAUGUAAUCUGUUUACUUGCUGAAUUAUUGUUAAACACUACAAGAAAAUGAAAAUCAUUGGGAUACAAAUGGGUCACUGUAUGCUUGCAUUCUUAUUCAUGCCAUUCAGUGGUUUCCAGGGCUGUUUUGAUAAUGGAAACGAUAAAACAUAUGCAAAUUAUACUAUUGUUGUCAUGUAAGUAAGUAUUGUUAUCUUCUGUGUAGAGGAUUCUCUUUUUUUGCUUAUGGAGUUCGAAGCCUAGAUGCAAAAAAAUACAAAUGUUUAAGUUGUAAAUAGUUUUAUGAGUGAAAAAUUUGAGGAAUCUUUAUUAAACAAUAUUAACUAGUAAUAAAAGUGGCUGCAUUUAAGGCAAACUUUAUAAUAAUCAUGUCCUGAUACAAGAUGUUUUGAAAAUAUUAAUGUACAUGUAAAGUUAAAUUCAAUUAAUCCCAUUUAUUUUGUUCACAAAUUUUGAAAAAGUAACUUGUUUUGUAGAUAAGUAAACUGAUAUAGACUUACACAUGGAACUACAUGCAUUUGUCUUAAUUAGAAUAUAAUUGUGUUUGUUCAAAAAUAAA